AUGCCGGGGGGCCGGCGGCCGAGGGUCCGCUGCGGGAACCAGCCUCGUCCCGCGCCCGCCAUGGAGCCUGGCCGCGGGGCCUGGGCCCACAGCCGCGCCGCGCUCGACCGGCUGGAGGAGCUGCUGCUCUGCUCCUCUAAUAUUCUGAGGGAGCCUGUGUGUUUAGGAGCGUGUGAGCACAUCUUCUGUAGUAAUUGUGUAAGUGACUGUAUUGGAACUGGCUGUCCAGUGUGUUACACCCCAGCGUGGAUACAAGAUGUGAAGAUAAAUAGACAAUUGGACAGCAUGAUCCAGCUUUGUAGUACGCUUCGGAAUUUGCUACAUGAUGAUAAGCUUUCAGAUUUGAAAGAAGACACAUCUAGGGAAAAGUUAUUUAAUGAUGCAGAAAAUAAGAAGAAUUCAAUAAAAAUGUGGUUCAGUCCUCGAAGUAAGAAGGUCAGAUAUGUUGUGAGUAAAGUUUCAGUGCAAACCCAUCCUCAAGUCAUAAGUGAUGAGAACGCUCGGCAGGCUUCAAUGUACGAAUUUGUUUCUACAAGUCCUCCAACAAGUGUUUCAGAGAGGGCUAAAAAGGCUCGUACAAGAUCUAGAAAAAAACAAAAAAAGAAAACUUUAUCCGAAAUCAACCAAAAAUGGAAUUUAGAAGCAGAAAAAGAAGAUGAUGAACUUGACUCCAAAGAGGAAUUUAAGGAGAAGCUGGUGUCUUUCUGUAGCCAGCCAUCUGUUAACCCUAAUCCUCAGGCAAAUGGUGAAAUAGACUUACUUGCAAGUGGCUCUGUAACAGAGUCACAGUGUUUUAGCAGCUUAGCUGAAGUCUCUUUACCAUUAGCUGAGCAAAUAGAGUCUCCAGAAUUGGAGAGCAGGAAUGAAGAAUUGACUCCCCAGAAGAAUCUCUGUGAGAAUCCUCUUCCACCUAAGCAGUCUUUGCCAUCAGGUCACAGUGGGCACCGUGGGCAGCACAGCAGCCGGUCCAGUCCCAUUUCUAAGAGAUGCAGAAGCAGCAUUCCUGGCACCAGUAGCCAGCACAUAGUGCUUUCAGAAAACAAGCCAUUGCCUGGCUGCUCUUCACCACCUUCAAGCAAACUUAAAAUUGGUGACACAUUAAGGAGGAAAAACAGUAAUCUAUCAGUUGAGUCCAUGACCCUUUCACCAGGUACACCGCCUUCUGCCCUGAAUAACCCAAGUUACAGACGGAUGAUGUCUAGCCCCUCAGCAACAAAGCUGUCACCCAAUAGCCUUACAGCCGUGAAGAGAAAUCAUAGAGGAGAGACUCUGCUCCAUAUUGCUUCAAUUAAGGGUGACGUACCUUCUGUUGAGUACCUCUUACAAAAUGGAAGCGACCCAAAUGUUAAAGACCAUGCUGGAUGGACACCAUUGCAUGAAGCCUGCAAUCAUAGGCACCUGAAGGUAGUGGAGUUGUUGCUGCAGCACCAGGCGUUGGUGAACACUCCUGGCUAUCAGAACGACUCCCCGCUUCACAAUGCUGCCAGGAACGGGCACUUGGAGAUAGUCAAGCUCUUACUCGCCUCUGGAGCCUCCAGGGAUGCCAUUAACAUAUUUGGUUUGCGGCCUGUGGAUUAUGCAGACAAUGAAAAUAUGAAAUCACUAUUGCUGCUACCAGAGAAGAAUGAAUCAUCAUCAACUCGCCAUUACUCAGUACCAAACACUGGUCAGCGUAGGGAUGGACCUCUUGUGCUUAUAGGCAGUGGGCUUUCUUCAGAACAGAAAAUGCUCAGUGAGCUUGCAGCAAUUCUUAAGGCUAAAAAAUGUGCUGAAUUUGACAAUACAGUAACUCAUGUCAUUGUUCCUGGGGAUACAGUUCAAAGUACCCUGAAAUGUAUGCUUGGGAUUCUCAAUGGAUGUUGGAUCUUAAAAUUUGAAUGGGUGAAAGCAUGUCUACAGAGAAAAGCAUGUGAACAAGAGGAAAAAUAUGAGAUACCUGAGGGACCCCAUCGAAGCAGGCUCAACAAGGAACAGCUGCUGCCAAAGCUGUUUGACGGAUGCUACUUCUAUUUUGGGGGAACCUUUAAACACCAUCCCAAGGACAACCUUAUUAAGUUUGUCACUGCUGCUGGGGGCCAGGUCCUCAGUCGAAAGCCCAAGCCAGACAGUGAUGUGACUCAGACCAUCAAUACGGUUGCGUACCACGCGAGACCAGAUUUCGAUCAGCGCUUCUGCACACAGUAUAUCAUCUACGAAGAUUUGUCUAAUCAUCACCCAAAGAGGGUUCGGCAGGGCAAAGUCUGAAUGGCUCCUUCCAGCUGGUUUAUAGAUUGUGUGAUGUCCUUUGAGUUGCUCCCUCUUGACAGCUGA